AUGGAAAUCAUCCAAGAGCAGAAUCAAAUAUUCGCAGCAUUCCAACAGUAUAAGAACAAUCAGAAUCGUUUGGCACAAUCAGCAGGGCAUGUCCAGACAUCCAAGACCAAUCAACAACAUGGCGAUUCAAUAUUGUUCAGCAGUGAGCCAUCAUCACCAACCUCUGACGAUCCCAAUGACUCCUCUUUGGAGAUCCAUGACGAUGAGAAGGAGAUUGGCAUGAUUGCGAAUAUCCUGCUUAAAAUUUCGUCCAAUGGCAUACCAACCGAUGGUUCAGCGCCAAACGAGGACUCGGAUGUUAUUAGACGUGUGUCUAGAAGUUUGAAUAGCUCAGCCAAUGAUAUUGGCCAUCGUAUUAGUUUAACAUCCUCGCUAAAUAAUGCUCCAUCAUGUUCAUCAUCGUCGUCGGCCUACAAGAAGAAGAGACAGCGCACAUCACCAGAGCAACUGGCCAUCUUGGAACAAAUUUUCGAGACGGACAAGAUGCCCUCACAGCAGAUCAGAAUGCGUCUGGCCAACCAGCUGGGCAUGUCCAGUCGGCGUGUACAGAUUUGGUUCCAGAACAAGAGGGCCAAGGUUAAGAGGGGCAUAUUCACCAAGGGAGACGACGACGAGUCAAUGCUCGACGAUGAGGAGGACGACGACGACAACGACGGCUCCCUCUUGACCAUCGAUGAGAACGCCGGUAUCUCCACACCAACCCUCGGCAGCCAGCCAGCGCACUCCUCCUACACACCGUUCCACAUGACACCACCACCUUCACAGUUAUCGGGCGAGCUCGAUAACAUUGUCCCAUCCAUUUCACCAUCAUCGUUCAACUACAAGCAGUCCAGCGGGUCCAAGUCGCUCAAGUCCUCGACGUCCUCCCCUUCACUCCUUUCAUUGGGCAUGCCAAUGACCCUUGUCAACAAGCGAUCCCAUACGCCCAACUCAUCGCGUCCCGCCUCGCCCACCUCCGAUUCACCAUCCAACCUGCUCAGCCUGUCGCCCAUAUGUCUUUCGUCACCAACACCGGGUGGUCUACCACUGAUGCCACCUCUCAACCUCAACUCAUCGUCAGCACAUAUUCCCCUCAACAUCAAGUCCUCUCCAUACCAAGACAAUUGA